UGACAAAAUGAAAUAAAAUAAAAAAAGAAAAUAAAAACCUCCUGCCCCUGAUCAUUUCUUGUGAAUCAAGAUCCUGGUUAAGCCUAUCACAGUGCCUUACCCUUUGAUGUUGGGUUUUGGAGAAACAUGGUGUGUAAUCAUAAGAAUUAUGUGUUGAUUUACACAACCUUGCUUGCCUAAAGCCUCACCCCUCUUGAAUCCACAAGGCAGCUAAGAUUUUCAUAGGCAUCUAGCUAGUACCCCCCCACUUUUAUACUGUGGUGCCGAAGUCUAAUGCCGUGCCAUAAAUCAAACCAUGCCUGUUUUCAGCUGGGCUGGGAAGAGUAUUAGAGGAACUGUAGACAAUGGGAGAUUUUCCUUGGAGAAGCACAGACAAUGCUUCCCAAAAUAUGGCUUGUCCCAUUCUGUGGCUUCAUGUGAAAAUUGAAAUCAUGCAUCAGGCUACCUUUUCUCUUUCAAAAGGUGGGAAGGGGAAUCUUUACCUAGGAAAUUGGUCCUGAGUGUAAAGCCAAACCAAGGCACUUCGUGUUUCAGAAGGGAUCUGCAUGUCUCUCUGUGAGCAUGGGCGUGCAAACCCAUGUAUGCAAAAGGCACUAGGACCUAGCAGGAAUCUUGGCCAAACUGGCAGGAAUUUCUUGCUUGGAGCACAGACAACAAAGGCAGAGUGUAGCUGGGUUUCUUUCUCUCAGCAUCUCCACCCUGUGAGCUGAAAAAAAAAAACGCUUCACAUCUUUAGGGGUCACCAAGCAAUGGAACUUGAUUUUGGACACUUUGACGAAAGAGAUAAGGCGUCCAGAAACAUGCGUGGCUCCCGAAUGAAUGGCCUGCCAAGUCCCACUCACAGCGCCCACUGUAGUUUCUACCGCACCAGGACCUUACAGGCGCUGAGCAAUGAGAAGAAGGCAAAGAAAGUGCGUUUCUACCGCAAUGGGGACCGUUAUUUCAAGGGGAUUGUUUAUGCUGUCUCCAGUGACCGCUUCCGAAGCUUUGAUGCCUUGCUUGCUGACCUGACCCGUUCUCUGUCUGAUAACAUUAAUCUGCCUCAGGGAGUUCGCUACAUUUACACCAUCGAUGGCAACAGAAAGAUUGGCAGCAUGGAUGAACUGGAAGAAGGAGAAAGCUAUGUAUGUUCAUCCGACAACUUCUUUAAGAAAGUGGAAUAUACCAAGAAUGUGAACCCAAACUGGUCAGUCAAUGUGAAAACCUCCGCCAACAUGAAAGCUCCUCAGUCCCUGGCCAGUAGCAACAGUGCCCAGGCCAAGGAGAACAAGGAUUUUGUGCGUCCCAAGUUGGUGACCAUCAUCCGGAGUGGUGUGAAGCCAAGGAAGGCAGUGCGUGUGCUCCUGAAUAAGAAAACAGCCCAUUCUUUUGAACAGGUGCUCACUGACAUUACCGAAGCCAUAAAGCUGGAAACAGGAGUUGUUAAAAAGCUGUAUACUCUGGAUGGGAAGCAGGUAACUUGCCUUCAUGAUUUCUUUGGCGAUGAUGAUGUAUUUAUUGCUUGUGGCCCAGAAAAAUUCCGCUAUGCCCAGGAUGACUUUUCUCUGGAUGAAAAUGAGUGUCGAGUAAUGAAAGCAAACCCGCCUACCACCCCAGGCAGCAAGUCAUCUCCAACCCCACAGAAGAGCUCAGCAAAAAGCCCAGCUCCAUUGCGCCGGAGCAAAUCACCAGCUGAUUCAGGUAACCUUCAGGAUGCAAAUGGAACAUCAAGUAGCCAGCUUUCCACACCGAAAUCAAAGCAGUCCCCAAUCUCUACACCUACUAGUCCAGGAAGCCUUCGUAAGCACAAGGACCUGUACUUGCCUCUAUCCUUGGAUGACUCUGAUUCUCUUGGAGACUCCAUGUAAAGGAAACCCAGUUCCCCAUCUCUGUAGUACACGCUCUGUUUUAAACACAGAGCAGUACUUCUGCCGAACCGAGCAGAGAGGUCACUGGUGCUAACGAUCUCGAUCCAAGGACACAAAACUUAUGGUUAUGCUUUCUUUGCUUUCUUGUUUUCCUCCUAUGAGUUCUCUUCUGUGUUACAAAACCAACACUAGCAAUGGACCAGAGGUAAAGGGAUACCAACCAUUUGCAGAACUUCACCAUUCAAGUUAAAAUGGUUAUUCCUGGUGGGUUUUGGAGCCAGAGAUGAAGUAGAACAUUGUGAUCUUACGACUUUCUAUUCUCUCUCUUUGUACUGGGUGCAAUGACCCCAGGAAUGGCUGUCAGUAUAGGGAAAAAAUGAUAGCCUUUUCAAAAGAUUCCAUGUCAAAAUAUUCCAUCGGCAGAUGUGGCAACACUGCCCCUAAACUUCAACUUUUCCCACCGGGAUAUUUUUCAGACAUUCGUAGUUACCAGCAACUUUACCAAAGUAGCUUUGUUCCCCUCAAUCCUACUGUGUUAAAUUUAAUAUUUUCCUAUUAACUGUACUUGAUUUAUGCUCACAGCCACCAAGGGCUAAAUCCAUGAUGGUAAUAAGGUCAAUAUAUCACAGCAUGCCCCAAAAAUAAAUGAGCAAAAAGCUAUUUAUGGUAGUUUUGCUGCAGAACCUUUAAGGCCAGGAUCUUUUCACUGCAGUGGAUUUUUAAAGGCAAUAAAAAUAUGGUUUGGUUGAUAUGAAGUUACUGGAAGUGCUGUGUGGUAUCUCUUGAUCUCUGAAAGAUUCUUAAUGCCUUGCAAACAGCCAACAGUGAAAACACUGUGAAGGUUUUGUUUUCAGGUUUCUAACACUUCUCUGUUCCUAUAACUACUGCGAUUGCUGUUAAUGUGAAAUCAGUACAAUUUUAUAAUGGAAAAAUGACUUUACCUAGGUUGUAGAGAAGCAAUUCUUCAAGCUUCUUCUUUCUUUCUUUUUUUAAAAAAGUAAAAACUGGUGACUUGAUUUUGCUUAAAAAAUAGAAAAACAAAAGUAUAGAAAAAUGUUCUGCGCAGUGAAACGUUUUCGAAGUUGCGGCCAAAUUUAACAUCUGAAAUAGGAAAAAAAACAGGGCUGACAUCAUGAUUGGGUGCGUUGGGGAGGUGGGCUGUUACCAUUCAGUGAGUAUUUUGAAAGGAUUUGUAACAUUAGGGGCCUCUGGAAGAAUAAAAAAAGUCAAGAUGUCUGCUCUCCCCUUAUCAUUGGAGCUCUGACUUGCUUUGUAUGUGUGUUGGCAGCUCAAAACAGGUUGGGUUUCAAUUGAGGGCACCAUGUUGAUUUUUUGCCUCCAGCCCCAACCCACCCCCUUGUGCAACAUGCUGGAUUUAUCUUGCCAUUUUCGGCAUGUUCAAGAAUCCCAAUUAAGGCCUUUUCUAUGAAAACAGCCCAUGAGAACAGAAUGCAAAGCAUAAGCAAGCUUUUCCAUUUUUUGUAAUUGUAAAUGCAAUGUUUGAUACAGGGCUGACCAUUUUCCCUAUGCCUUUUUAUCAGUGCUGGAUAGUGUGUACCGCCUUGUUCCUGAUUCAUCAAAAUAAGUGCUUUGAUUUUUUUAAAAAAAAUUCUCGGAUCUUUCCAUGUGAAGUGCUCUACUUUUUUGGGGUGGGAACCCCUUUUUGAAUUUAGAAUGUGUAUGAUAAGAGUUUGUUCUUUCAUUUUGAUUGGAAAAGCUGCUUUGGGCCACUUGCAUGAAAUGGAAAGGUGAGCUGAACAGGCAUGAUUCACAUGGCUACUUUGCUCACUUUUUUCUCUUCUAGUGGGGGGUGGGAUUCCCCAUUUCUUAAAAUGACUUUCUCUUAACCCACUGGUUAAGAUCAUUGCACCACUAGCAAGAUUUGAGAUAUGGUGACAAUGUGAGUGAGCUGAGUGUUAGGAUGUUAUCGUUGCAGAGAAGAUGUCAGAUGAUGGAGUGGCCUGUAGUUAACCACAAUCCUGCACCACAAAGACAAGUAAGACUGAACCCAUUGCUAGCCAAAGCAGUGUCUAGAAUUCCCUAUUCCCCAAUGUUGUCGUUUGGUCUGAUGCAUCCACUAAACAUUGGUUCAGGAGAACCAUUUUCCUUGUAGGAUCACAGUCAGAUCACCAUGGGGAAGGCUGACUUUGAGGACAAAGCACAGAAAAAGAUCUACAGGAGAGUUUCCCAUGGUGUGUUUGACCCCCUAGCAGAUCUAGUGUAUAAAUUGGAGCAGGUCUCUUAAUUUCUUGGUGCCUCAAUUUACCUUAUCUGUCAAAAUAGGGACAGGAAUACUUCUCUACCUCAUGGGAAGGGUGGUUGGGCUGACAGGUGAGUCAUUUUGUUAAUGCCGUAAAAGACAUAUUUGGUGGAAAAGUACUUAUAGCUUUGGAAGGGGUAGAAUUCGUUGAGUUCAUGGAAGGUUUCCUGGGUGGCCUGAGAGAUCUUUCUACAGACAGCCAAGCAGCCCUGACCACCACAACUAACAAUGCGCACACUGUGAGCUUUGACUGUUGUCAACACCAGAAACAGGAACUGAUCUCUCCCUCCCAGAUCUGGCAAUGGUGACUCUGUCCCUCCUGAGAUUCUGAAUCAUGGUUACAAAGGUAACCUCCAUUGUGAAUUGCUUACAGGAACACUUGCCAACUUGGAGAUACGCUUUGUUUGCCACGCAUUCACUUUGCUCCAGUUUUGAUCUUCUGCUCUCUCUUCUCUCUCGCUUGAAGGGCUGUUCUCACUUUGCCAGUUGGGUGUGAUCAGAGGAGCUAUACUUCUGGAAACUGAAAUUGAAUGAUCCUUUUCUGCUAAAGGUGAUGAUGCUUCUUGACAACACUGCCUUUUUAGUCGAGAGUCUAAAAAACUUGAUGCCUUCAACCCAAUCUUUCCUGGUUUAAUAGACAAGAAGCAAUGAUCUCCGUCAAAACUGAGCCAUGGAGAACAGACCCUCUCCCUCCCUCUUUCUCUCUUUUACACACAUACACAAACAUAUACCCAUACAAAAUACAUCUAUAGAUGGUUGAUCUAUUUAAUUGCUAUUCUUGGGCAAUGCCCUAGAAUUAAGCCUAUCCUUGGUAGUAGUACUGUAGAGUCUUUUGAAUGUUAACUUUACUCUUUCUUGAUUGCACAGAGAGGACAAACGUAGGCUGUUUUUAUCUGCCAAAGGAAACCCUGAAGUAGUAUUGUCCUUUGUAUAAAAUGCUGGGAACACAUAUUAAGGGAGAAGCCACCAUAUUUAUCUUCAGCUUGUAAGCCCUUGAGAAGCUUAUAGAUAGAAUGAUAACUAGAUCCAUUUUCCCCAGCUGAUUUACUUCAGACUUCCAAUUCUCUGAAAUCCCAAAGAGAAUUGAAGUUCCUUUAGAGAUACAACCUGGACAUUUUGACAGCUGAAAACUGGAUAGAAUUUUGGUCCAUUCCAGUAGUGAUUCUUCAUCAUGGUUUACAUGCUAUAGCUGAACGUCUUUGCAAAAAUGCAGAUUUGGGCUUUCAUUUUUAUUGCACUUAAUAAUGGCAUGUCUACUAGGAAUGUUGUUGCUUGAGCUUUGCCAUGCUGUGCGUUACUUCUGAAUCCAGAAAUGGUGAGAUUCAGCUUUUGUAAGCAUUCACCUUGAGCAUUCAGAAAACCAGAGGCCUAUUUAAUGAAAAGUGAAGGUUAGUCUUUCUAGAAAAGGAAUGGGGGAGGGCAGAGGGAGCCAUUCAAAACUUGCAAAAGUGAAACAGGGUAAAGAACAAAACUCCCAGAAGAAUCUUUCAGGUAAGUAUUCUUGAACUGUAGGUAGAAAUCAGUGACUAUGUCAGAUGUAAAGCUGCCUAUGUAGUGGAUGUUGCAUGAUUCUUUGUACAAAAUAAAUAAAUUAAAAUGCAUGCCAAAUAGCCAUAUGUACCAUGGUAGGUGUGUUCAGCUCCAAACUCAUCAAAAAAACAAAAAACACUAGAGGCUACAGUGCUUUUCUCUUACAGCUCAUUCAUUAGUGCAAACAGAUGCCACCUAUUUUAUAUAAACUGAUUGUAUUAUGAUGAACAGAAGCAGUGAAGGACUAUAACAGCAGUUUUCAAUACACAAGUUCAAAAGUUGAAUGGCCAGGAGUGGCAUUUAAGGAGGGAAGGGCUGAGGGCUACAGUAGAUGGAUCACUGUAUCACACAUGUGAGCAAGGUUGAUGUUUGGGGGAGGAGGCAGAGAGGGCAAUUAUUUAAUUUUUGUUUGGCUCGUAUAUGCCUAUUGUAGGAUUUCCACAACAGUGUUUAUUGCUUCCCCUUUCAAAAUAGCAGCUUUCUGUAUUCACAAAAGGAAUUCAAGGACCACAGAAAGUUGCUGCUGUAACUUGUGACCUUGAGGCUACAUCCUAUCCUGUCAAGCACAAUCAACCAGACCCACAUGAGUAGGGUUCAAACUAGCUACUGUGAUUCCACAGGAAUCAUCCCAGACUAGAAGCUUUCACCGGGAAAAACUAAAUAAGAUUCAAAGGCAAUCAAGGGGUGGGGAGGGGUGGACCUUUCCCUCUUAUGUCUGUGUAAUGAUUCCAGACUAAUUCCCUCCUUGAUCCUUCCUCCUGACUGGGACAGUCUUUCUCCAAUAUAUCCCUGCUCUAGCUCUAGGAAACUAUGCUUGGUUUCUUUUUUAAAAUUCUUGCACUUGAGCAGAUGUAAGAUCAGGGUGUAGAAGGAAGAUUUAGAAGACAGCAAUAGCCAAAUUGUACACCUGGGCCCCAUAUAGUCCUUUAGCCCUUCACAGGUGCCUGCAACUUUGCUUUUAUCCAUUCCCUCUUGAUUUAACUAUCCAUGACCACUGUUAAUGUGUUUAAGGUCCCUAUUGCCAUCCAGCCCAUAAAUGAAAGUAUUCUCACUGCAGAGGACCAUUGGUGAGAGGGUAGCCCUGAAUUAAAGUCUCAUGCUUUUUUGUUUUGCACUGGCAGCCGCCUAUUGUCAAUAUACAUGUAAAAAUGUAUUUGUCGGUCAUGAAGAAGAUUCGUCCUUUUAAUCCUAGCAGCUCAUGAAUUAUGCUGUAGAGACCACUGUGAAGUUCUCCUAGUUUUGUGAAGCAAAGGCGAUGCAGCUGUCUUGAGGACAGAUUAUGGAUGACUUGAAAGGGCAGAUCUGUGGUAAAUGUUGGGAAAAGUUUCUGGGAGAUGUUUGGACUUCAACUGGAAGUUCACACAUCUUAAAGUUGCCAAGGUUGGAUGGAUUGAAAAAAGCUUCGGUUCUGGAAUAACUUCAUGUAGGCCUUUAAAAUAUGCUAAAAAGAAUCAAAGCUGUCUGCCUCUAGAAAAAAAAUUCAAGUUUUUGGGGGGAUAUUACCUCUUCGAUGGAAGCACAGUCCACAAGAGUUCCAUUUCUUCUCUUUGGCUACUAACUUGAAUAUUUUCCAAUAGAAACAAGAUUGUUCCUAUAUAAUAAGUCAUAGCAGCUAACAGACCAUAAAUGAAAGUCUUCUCACUGCAGAGGACCAUUUGGCAUCUGGCAAAUUGCCCUUUUAAUCUUAAUCAAUUUAAUUUCCUUCCCAAACAUCCAGGUUUUCAUAUUGUUUAAAUAUGAAAGUUCUGGGAUCAAACAUAUACUAGAACUAUUUGGCAUUACUGCUCUUGUCAAGCUUACAGCUAACAAGGAGAAUACAAAGAUACAUAAUCCCACCUCCCAGGACAAACACAGCAAAUUUAGAAUGCCAAUGUAAUUUCUGAUCCCCUCUUCCCUUUCUGUAUUUGGCAUCCUAUCUUUAACAUCACCUAUUUCUUCCUGAAACAGGUUUUGUCAGAAAUAAGAAUUCUUAUUCAUCCAUCACCAACUAUCAAUUCAUUAUUUUAUUUAUUUAUUUAUUUAUUUAUUUAUUUGAUUUUUAUACCGCCCUUCUCCCGAAGGACUCAGGGCGGUGUACAGGCAACAAUAAAAUACAAAAACACCACAAUAUACAAUUUAAAAUACGAAUUAAAAAACUUAUUAUAAUUAGCCUAGAACCUUAAAAUUUAUAAAACCAAACCCCAUUUAAAAUUAGUAGAAAAUUUAAAAUCGAUAAAAUUUAUGUAAUUUAAAAUUUAAAAUUUAAAAUUUAGGCCAGCCCCGCGCGAAUAAAAAGGUAUGUCUUCAGUUCGCGGCAGAAAGUCCGAAGGUCAGGUAUUUGACGUAAGCCUGGGGGAAGCUCGUUCCAAAGUGUGGGAGCCCCCACAGAGAAGGCCCUUCCUCUGGGUGCUGCCAGCCGACAUUGUUUGGCGGACGGCACCCUGAGAAGGCCCUCUCUGUGAGAGCGUACGGGUUGGUGGGAGGCAUAUGGUAACAGCAGGCGGUCCCGUAAGUACCCAGGCCCUAAGCCAUGGAGCGCUUUAAAGGUCGUAACCAACACCUUAAAGUGCACUCGGAAGGCCACAGGCAGCCAGUGCAGUCUGCGCAGGAGCGGUGUUACGUGGGAGCUACGCGGAGCUCCCUCUAUCACCCGCGCAGCUGCAUUCUGGACUAACUGAAGCCUCCGAGUGCACUUCAAGGGGAGCCCCAUGUAGAGAGCAUUACAGUAAUCUUAUAAUUAUGCAAAUUAUAAGAGCUAAAAGACUCAAUAUUCAUAAUACAUUAAAAUGGAAAUUUACAAGGCACAUAAACUGUAGCCUCUUGUAGCACAACAGUAGGGUUAGCAUCCCAAAAUAUCACAAUAAUACAAUGAAAUGUCUGCUGGGUUUGUAACAUGAGCACAGAACCCUCAGUUGCAUGAAAUUGCAGAAGUAGAAGCAGCUAGAAAAGUUUUGGUUGCAAACUACAGGUGUUAUCACCUGUGUUCAGAGGUUUUAGGUCUAAUUCUGUCUUUGCACAUACAUUGAGGCCGCCUUCUUUCUUGGCUUUGUAAUAAAUUUUAAUCAGUUUUUUUUAAUCUUGAUCUUUGAUCUUGAGUCCCUUGGAGAGAACACAAAUACCAUGCUUCUCGUCUAUGGAGAUUCUUGGUCAUCCAGGUCAUGGUUAGCCCAAAGGUACUUUUUUCUUUUUUUCUUUUUUAUUGAAAAAGUUUUAACAAACAAAAACAUUUUCCCCCUUUUUCCCCCCCUCCCCC